GUCACUGAUUCCCAGGGCAAAAAACUCCGAUCUUCUUGCGCGUCCGAAUCCCUAAAGCCCCAAAAAACUCCGAUCUUCUUUCGCUGCUGCUGAGAUGAACACGCAACAGACUGCUCAGCUAAAAUCUUCUGCCAAUGGAUUUGCUCGUCGAAGAAGUGAAAGGGAAAGCGGAAUGAGAUUGGAAAAUAAACAUCAAUCUGGGAAAUUAAACCAGAAUAGAUCGAUGAAUGCAAUUGGGACCAGCAAAGCUCCAGUUUAUGAGAGUCCAUCUCGUGAUCGGCUGGUAUAUCUAUCAACCUGCCUUAUUGGGCAUCCUGUGGAAGUCCGGCUCAAAAAUGGGUCCAUCUACUCUGGAACGUGUCACACCACAAAUGUUGAGCAGGAAUUCGCUAUUAUUUUGAAAAUGGCUCGCAUGACAAAGGACGCGUCUUAUCGAGGGAGUAAGCAGGAAUAUGUUAUGAAAGCUCCUUCGAAGACUUUAAUUAUACCCGGAAAAGAGGUUGCAGAGGUCAUAGCUAAGGAUGUACCUGUAACUGUUGCGGGGCAGUCCAAUGAGCUCCAAAAUGAAAGGCAUGAGGACAUUUUGAUAGAUUCAUCUAUAUCACACUCCCGUCACGUGGAACUGGAUAGAGAGCUAUCACCGUGGGUACCUGAUGAAGAUGAUCCACAAUGCCCUGGACUUGAGAACAUAUUUGACGGCCCUUGGAACAGGGGGUGGGAUCAGUUUGAAACAAACAAAAUGUUGUUUGGAGUGAAAAGCACUUUUGAUGAGGAGCUCUACACUACAAGGUUGGAGAAGGGCCCUCGAAUGAGAGAGCUGGAGAGGGAAGCAACAAGGAUCGCUAGAGAAAUUGAGGGCGAGGAUACAGAAGACCUACAUUUAGCGGAGGAAAGGGGCAUCAACCUUGGUGAAGAUUUUGAUGGUGAUGAGGAGGUGAGGUUUUCUUCAGUCAUCAGAGGCAGGGGGCUUGAUGAUAGUGGAUACGAUGAAGAUGAGGAUAUAUUGUUAGACAAACGGAAUACUGAAACAUUCGGUGAUGUACCUGCAUCAUCCGGUGCAAAGACUGACCACCUGCAUCGUGGUACAAGCAAUGACAGUGCCGGAGCAUUAUUAACCUCUUCAGUGGAUGAACCACAAUGUUCUCAAUCAAGUAACGGGUCAGAAUUUUUCCAGUCCAAUACAUAUGACCAUUGUAGACAGCAGGCAGAUGAUCUUCCGUGUAAAAGUUCCACUUCAGACUGUAAUGGAAGGUCUUUAUACAGGAAUCCCGAGAUUUUGCGAGUUGCACAAGGGCAUGAUAGCAUUAAUGCUAGCAUUGAGACGAAAACGGUAGCUGUGGAUGGCAAGUUGUCUAAAUCCAAUGAAUCCCAGUCUGCAGAGAACAGUCAGACUGCUGGCUUUGAUAGAGGUGGACUAUUGGCUGAUGCUCCUUCGGUGACAAGUUCUGUAAAGGAAAUGCCACCUACUGAACCAGAGGUUGUUUAUGUUAAAGCGGAUGGAGAAAGUUCUGGUGUUAGUGCAUGCAGACAACCUGGUACUUUUGCAUCAGGUUCGGAUCAUGCAGGUGCUACGUCAGCUUCUAGUCAUCCUGCUGUAUCUCCAAGCUCUUCGUUAAUUGGUUCCUCAUCUUCUGAAAAUUCAACUCUGAAUCCACAUGCUAAGGAAUUUAAAUUCAACCCAAAUGCAAAGAGUUUCACUCCUUCACAUUCGUCGCCAGUUCGACCUCCAUCACCGGUUUCCGAUGGUUCUUAUUACUUCACGCCAAAUGUUACCACUUUACCACAAAUGCACGGGAUGCCAGUGGGGAUUGGAAUGGGUCCAUCAUACAGUGGGCAUCAGCAUGUUCUAUUUAACCCACAAGUUGCACCACUGCGAUCUCCCCAACCUUAUUUCCAUCCUAGCGGGCCUCAGUAUGGUCAACAGAUGAAUCUUGGCCACCCGAGGCAAGUCUUGUACAUGCCAGGCUACCAACCUGUAAGCAGUUCUCAACAUCUCUAGACCUCCUUGGUAUCUUCUUCUAAUCUCAUCUUCUCAAUCUUCUUUCUUCUCAAUCUCAUCUCAAAUUAUUUAAAGCUGUUUUCUCUCGGAAGCAACUUGCGGAUUUUCCUUUUCUUUUUCUCAUUUUCACCAGCCACGGCCUCCUUCUUCCGCGCCCUUCUUUGCAGUUAUUUUUUCCCCAAACUUUGCCAAGUUCCUCAUUCCGUUACGGAACCUGUUUCUCAACUUCCUAUCCUCCGCCCUAGAGUUCCCUGCUAUAUUAUAUCUUCCGUCGGUAUUCAAGGCCAUCGUCUUCUUAACAGCCCUAUCAACUUCCCAUCCUAUUCGGAUGCCUCCAAAUUCCCCGUCGCCGACUUUCUCCUCCAUACCAUCUUCCCGACCUUUAGACGGCUUUGGCUACUCAGGAAAUGGCAUACAAAGGACGCGACUUUUAGUGUCUGGGAGCUGACGAUUGAUGAUUACAAUUGCAUAAUUAUUCUUAGUGGGUCUACCAAGCAUGGUUUGCGCGAGGAAUAAACAUAAUUAGAGCCCCAUGAUGAUGAAGAGAUGGUAGGUUUGUUGGAACCCCUCAGAAGCAUGAGUCUAAAUAUGAGCCAUAAGAGACAAGUUUGACUAUGUAAUCUGAUCUACAAUCCAGUUUACCUGAAUUGACUGUCUGGCUUUUCCUUGCUCUUAUUUUAUUUUGUUCACCUUUGUUUUACCAUGGGGAUGGAGAAAAAUGAGAGAAAGAACUAGCAGUGUUGGAUUACUAACUAAAGUUAUUUGGGUUUCCAUUGUUGCUUUUGGUUUAUUUAAUUUGUAUGACUUGAGCGCCAUUGCUGUUCAUUUGUAUUUGUUGGUCAACUGUUAGGUAAGUUAAUGAAUGCUUGUCAAAUGAGCCGAGUCGAGUUUUACCCCAGGUUGAGCUUGACUCGUUAAUAAACGAGUCGAGCUCAGCUCAUUUAUUAACGAGCCGAGCUCGAUGUAGCUUGUUUACUAAAAUCUUGCGUUUUAUUUGGUACUUUAUUUUGUAUAUCAUGAUACAUAUGAUUUAUUUUGUUAACUAAUCUCAUAUUAUACUUUGCUGG